GAACACGCCCCUCGCCGCCACCGUUCCGGACCAAAUCCGCCCCCGCCCGGCCUCAGCCCCCUCCCGCCGCCCCCGGGCUGUCUGUGCGGCCACAGGGGCUGGGGCAGGGGUGGGAGCCCCGAGAGACCUCGUGGGAAGGGUCCCUGGGAGGAACAUGGUGACAGUUGGAAAUGCUGUUGCUUUAAGCAUUACAACUACAACAUACAAAAAACUAGGCUGUGGGCAGUCUUCAGUACUGUUCUAUCUAACUUCUAUGAAAUCAAUAGGAUGUUAGGGAACCGGCAAAAGAAGGAGCAGAACCAGAUUUCAAGAGACACAGGAAGAGCUACCAUCUCAAAGAAAACAUGAAGAAAGGUGUUACAAGUAGCAGUGAAUGCUCCUGUGGACGUAAUCAUUUUACAUGUGCUGUCAGUGCUUUCGGUGAAUGCACGUGUAUCCCUGCUCAGUGGCAAUGUGAUGGAGACAAUGACUGUGGGGACCACAGUGAUGAAGAUGGCUGCAUGCUGCCCACUUGCUCUCCCUUGGACUUCCACUGUGACAACGGAAAAUGUAUCCGCCGGUCAUGGGUCUGCGAUGGAGACAAUGACUGUGAGGAUGAUUCUGAUGAACAGGACUGCCCACCACGGGAGUGUGAGGAAGAUGAGUUCUCAUGUCAGAAUGGAUACUGCAUCCGCAGCCUGUGGCACUGUGAUGGUGACAAUGACUGUGGCGACAACAGUGAUGAACAGUGUGAUAUGAGAAAGUGCUCAGAGAAGGAGUUCCGUUGCAGUGACGGCAGCUGCAUAGCUGAGCACUGGUUCUGUGAUGGUGACACAGACUGCAAGGAUGGCUCAGAUGAAGAGAAUUGCCCAUCAGAUGUUCCAGCUGCCACCUGCAGCUUGGAGGAGUUCCAGUGUGCAUAUGGACGCUGCAUCUUGGACAUCUACCACUGUGAUGGUGACGAUGACUGUGGGGACUGGUCUGAUGAAUCUGACUGCUCAUCUCACCAGCCUUGUCGCUCUGGAGAGUUCAUGUGCAACAGUGGCUUGUGCAUUAAUGCUGGCUGGAGGUGUGAUGGAGACUUUGACUGUGAUGACCAGUCAGAUGAGAGGAACUGCACUACAUCUAUGUGCACAGCUGACCAGUUCCGCUGUAAGUCAGGGCGCUGUGUCCGUCUGUCCUGGCGUUGUGAUGGGGAAGAUGACUGCUCUGACAACAGUGACGAGGAGAACUGUGAGAACACAGGCACCCCUCAGUGUGCCUCAGACCAGUUCCUGUGUGGGAAUGGGCGUUGUAUUGGCCAGAGGAAGCUGUGCAAUGGAGCAAAUGAUUGUGAAGAUGGCAGUGAUGAGAGCCCACAUCAAAACUGCCGUCCACGAACAGGGGAGGAGAAUUGCAAUGUGAACAAUGGUGGCUGUGCUCAGAAGUGCCAGAUGGUACGAGGGAUGGUGCAGUGCACUUGCCACACGGGUUACAGGCUCCUGGAAGAUGGCCGAUCAUGCCAAGAUGUGAAUGAAUGUGCUGAGGAAGGUUACUGCAGCCAAGGCUGUACCAACAGUGAAGGAGGCUUCCAGUGCUGGUGUGAGCAAGGCUAUGAGCUGCGACCUGACAAGCGUAGCUGCAAAGCUCUAGGGCCAGAGCCAGUGCUGCUCUUCGCCAAUCGAAUUGAUAUCCGACAAGUGUUGCCUCAUCGCUCAGAGUAUACGCUGCUCCUGAACAACCUGGAAAAUGCCAUUGCCCUUGACUUCCACCACAGCAAGGAGCUGGUGUUUUGGUCUGAUGUCACACUUGAUCGCAUCAUGAGGGCCAAUCUGAAUGGGAGCAAUGUGGAAGAGGUGGUUUCCACAGGGCUGGAGAGCCCAGGUGGACUUGCUAUUGACUGGAUCCAUGACAAAUUAUACUGGACAGACUCUGGGACAUCUCGAAUUGAAGUAGCAAACUUGGAUGGCACUCACAGGAAAGUGCUUUUGUGGCAGAACCUGGAGAAACCACGAGCAAUUGCCCUGCAUCCUAUGGAGGGUACUAUCUACUGGACUGACUGGGGCAACACGCCCCGUAUUGAGUAUUCCAACAUGGAUGGCUCUAACCGUCGCAUCAUUGCGGAUACACACCUCUUCUGGCCCAAUGGACUGACUAUUGACUAUGCAGGACAUCGAAUGUACUGGGUGGAUGCCAAACAUCAUGUCAUUGAGAGGGCUGACCUCGAUGGGCAGAACAGGAAGGCUGUUAUUAGCCAAGGGCUCCCGCACCCAUUUGCUAUCACCGUGUUUGAGGACAGUCUGUACUGGACAGACUGGCACACCAAGAGCAUCAACAGUGCCAACAAAUUCACAGGCAAGAACCAGGAGAUCAUCCGCAACAAGCUCCACUUCCCUAUGGACAUCCACACACUUCAUCCUCAGCGUCAGCCAGCAGCAGGGAGAAACCGUUGUGGGGACAACAACGGGGGCUGUACUCACCUCUGCCUGCCAAGCAGCAAGGAUUACACCUGUGCCUGCCCCACAGGCUUUCGCAAGACCAGCAGCCAUGCCUGUGCCCAGAGUCUUGACAAGUUCCUGCUUUUUGCCCGAAGGAUGGACAUCCGUCGGAUCAGCUUUGACACUGAUGACCUGUCAGAUGAUGUCAUCCCCCUUGCUGAUGUUCGCAGUGCUGUGGCUCUAGACUGGGACUCAAAGGAUGACUAUGUGUACUGGACAGAUGUUAGCACUGACUCAAUCAGCCGAGCAAAAUGGGAUGGAUCAAACCAGGAGGUUGUGGUGGACACUAGCCUGGAAAGUCCAGCUGGACUGGCAAUUGACUGGGUCACCAACAAGCUGUACUGGACUGAUGCAGGAACAGAUCGGAUAGAAGUCUCCAACACAGAUGGGACCAUGAGAACAGUUCUAAUCUGGGAAAAUUUAGACAGACCUAGAGAUAUUGUGGUGGACCCUGUUGGAGGGUUCAUGUACUGGACUGACUGGGGAGCCAACCCAAAAAUUGAAUGUGCUGGUAUGGAUGCCUCAAACCGCUUGGUGAUCAUUUCCUCCAACCUGACAUGGCCCAAUGGCUUGGCCAUUGACUAUGAAUCACAGCGCUUGUACUGGGCAGAUGCAGGCAUGAAGACCAUCGAAUAUGCCAAUCUGGAUGGAAGCAACAGGAAGGUGCUGAUUGGGAGCAAUCUGCCUCACCCCUUUGGACUUACUCUUUAUGGCGAGAGAAUCUACUGGACAGACUGGCAGGCCAAAAGCAUCCAGAGCGCAGAUAGACAGACUGGGCAGUCUCGAAAAACGCUGCAGGACAAUCUGGAGAAUCUUAUGGAUAUUCAUGUUUUCCAUCGGCACAGGCCACAAGUACACACAGCUUGUGAAGUUAGCAAUGGAGGCUGCAGUCACCUGUGCCUUUUGGCACCACUUCCAAAAGGUUAUAGCUGUACCUGCCCUACAGGGAUCAACCUGCAAUCUGAUGGCAAGACCUGCUCCCCUGGAAUGACCAGCUUUCUGAUCUUUGCCAGAAGGACUGACGUCCGGAUGGUCUCCCUGGAUAUCCCCUACUUUGCAGAUGUUGUUGUCUCAGUCAAUGUCACCAUGAAGAACACCAUUGCUAUUGGUGUGGAUCCUCGUGAAGGAAAGGUUUACUGGUCAGACAGCACACUACGGAAAAUCAGUCGGGCUGCCCUUGAUGGCUCACAGUUUGAGGACAUCAUCACUACAGGUCUGUUGACUACAGAUGGGCUGGCCGUGGAUGCUAUUGGCAGGAAGAUAUAUUGGACAGAUACAGGAACUAACCGGAUUGAAGUAGGCAACCUUGAUGGCUCCAUGAGGAAAGUCUUGAUCUGGCAGAACCUGGACAGCCCUCGGGCAAUAGCUUUAUACCAUGAGAUGGGGUAUAUGUACUGGACAGACUGGGGUGAGAAUGCCAAGCUGGAACGCUCUGGGAUGGAUGGCUCUGGACGUGUAGUGUUGAUUAGCAACAACCUGGGCUGGCCUAAUGGACUGGCAGUGGAUAAGGCUGGAUCCCAACUGCUCUGGGCCGAUGCACACACUGAGCGGAUCGAGGCUGCAGAUCUCAACGGUGCGAACCGCCGCACCCUGCUGUCUCCAGUGCAACAUCCCUAUGGCCUCACUUUGCUGGACUCUUACAUCUACUGGACUGACUGGCAAACCCGCAGCAUUCACAGGGCUGACAAGGACACUGGAGCCAAUGUCAUCUUGGUGAGGGCAAACUUGCCUGGCCUCAUGGACAUUCAAGCUGUUGAUAGAGCGCGGCCCCUGGGCUUCAAUAAAUGCGGAGUUCGUAAUGGUGGCUGCUCCCACCUUUGCUUGCCUCAUCCCACUGGUUUCUCCUGUGCCUGCCCCACUGGUAUCCAGCUGAAGAGAGAUGAGCAGACAUGUGACUCUUCUCCAGAGACCUACCUACUUUUCUCUAGCCGUGCUUCCAUCCGUCGUAUCUCACUGGACACCAGUGACCACACAGAUGUGCACAUACCUGUCCCUGAGCUGAACAAUGUCAUUUCUCUGGACUAUGAUAGUGUGGAUGGCAAGAUUUACUACACAGAUGUAUUUCUUGAUGUAAUCAGACGGGCUGAUCUGAAUGGCAGCAACAUGGAAACUGUUAUUGGUCAGGGUUUGAAGACUACAGAUGGCCUGGCAGUGGACUGGGUUGCCAGGAACCUCUACUGGACAGACACAGGACGCAAUACCAUUGAAGUAGCCAGACUGGAUGGAAGCUCCAGGAAAGUGCUGAUCAAUAACAGCCUCGAUGAGCCCCGAGCCAUUGCUGUCUUUCCCAAGAAGGGGUACCUCUUCUGGACAGAUUGGGGUCACAUUGCUAAAAUUGAACGGGCAAGCUUGGAUGGCUCUGAACGAAAAAUCCUGAUUAACACUGACCUAGGGUGGCCCAAUGGAUUGACUUUGGAUUAUGACACCAGGAGAAUAUACUGGGUGGAUGCACACCUUGAUCGCAUAGAGAGUUGUGAUCUCAAUGGGAAGCUACGGCAAGUGUUGGUCAGCCAGGUGUCACAUCCUUUUGCUCUGACACAGCAGGAUAGAUGGAUAUAUUGGACUGACUGGCAGACGAAAUCUAUCCAAAGAGUGGACAAGUACUCUGGACGGAACAAAGAGACAGUCUUGGCCAAUGUUGAGGGAUUGAUGGAUAUCAUUGUGGUUUCCCCCCAGAGGCAGACAGGUACUAAUGCUUGUGGAGUGAACAAUGGAGGCUGCACUCACCUCUGCUUUGCCAGGGCUUCUGACUUUAUCUGCGCGUGUCCAGAUGAACCAGAUGGGCGGCCCUGUUCUACCAUUCCUGGUGUGGUGCCCCCUGGUCCUGAACCAACUAGUGUAAGGGAGAGAAGUCAAACACCACCCGGCAGAGUAGAUACCUCAACAACCAAACCUCUCACGUCUCUGGAAGCAGCGGAAGGAAACUGCUCUGACAAAGAUGCUAGGCAAGGCUUGUGUACUCAUGCCAACGAGGCGGUGUUGGCAACCAUGGGAGAAGGACUGCAUGUCAGCUACAUUAUUGGAGGUCUUCUCAGCAUCUUGUUUAUUUUGCUGCUUAUUGCUGCUUUAAUAAUAUAUAGGCAUAAUAAGUCCAAGUUCACGGACCCUGGUGUAGGGAACCUAACCUACAGUAAUCCCUCAUAUCGGACAUCUACCCAGGAGGUGAAGAUUGAAUCGAUUCCCAAACCAACCAUGUACAACCAGUUGUGCUAUAAGAAAGAGACUGGUCCUGACCACAGCUACACUAAGGAGAAGAUCAAGAUUGUGGAGGGGAUAUGCCUUUUAUCCAGUGAUGAUUCCGAGUGGGAUGACCUUAAGCAGAUUCGGAGCUCUCGAGGAGGGAUCCUCCGGGACCACGUCUGUAUGAAGACAGACACGGUCUCUAUCCAGGCUAGUUCUGGUUCACUGGAUGACACGGAAACUGAGCAGCUGCUACAGGAAGAACAGUCUGAAUGCAGCAGUGUGAACACAGCAGCAGCCACUCCUGAACGGCGUGGCUCACUCCCAGACACAGGCUGGAAACACCAACGCAAGCCCUCCACGGAGAGUGAGGUCUAAAGUGCAAGUGACUUGGAAAUCGCUCUGACCCUCCCUACCCUCCGCUCUGCACAAAAAAGACAGGACUCUGCCUGCUAGGCAAGGAAGGGCACAGAGACCAGCCUCUCUCACAAGAGGCCCUGAGACUGUGACUGCCUUUCAGCAAGGAGCUUGGGCAGCUGUGCUGUUGUGGUUGGAGAGGGAGGCUGGGUGGGUUGGAACCCAGAGACCCUUUUGACUCAUUUUCACUGUCUGUGGUUUAUUUAUAUGUUCCCUUUUCCUGGAAGCUGCCACGUUAACUUUUGCAGUGAUUCCCCUGGCCUGAAUCUGGUUCAGAGUUCGUGUUCCCUGGCAACCUGCAAGUCCUGUGCCAUCCAGCUCACGGUCAAUGCCCAUGAAGAGAGCAGAGCUGCCUCAUUGCUGGCUCCUGGUCACAAAAGUAUCCCUAGUCAUUCCAGCACUAGCAGCACUCUUUGAGGCUUGGUGUUGAGGGGUUUCUGACUUGAGAGAGGUCUUGGUAAAGAUGGGGUAUACUUUGGGGCUCAAGAGGACACUGACACAGCAUCAGGUCACCUUUUAAAAGGCAUAAAGAGGGUCACCACAGUUGCCAUGACUCACUUUGUGAGAGCAUCACUGCUUACUUUUUCAUCUGCUACUAAAAACUCUAAGGAAUGCUCAGAUUGGAGCACUGUGUCUGUUGCUGGCAGUGGACACUGCUCCUGUUCUCUCCUUUUCCUGUUAAAACAUGUUUCUACUCUGGAAAAACAAGAGUCAGCAAAUGGCCCUUUCAGAACUGUUCCCUGUGGGUACUGGAGUCUGAGUGCUGAACUUGAGGGAAGAAGAGGCUGGUAUUUCUCUUAGCUCUACAGAGAUAAUGGGAGGAAAUGGAUCUCAGCAAGACCUAAAUUCUACUUGACUUAGCAUAACUGAUAUAUAAAAAAUGAAAAUCUGCUGGGUCCCCACUAGUCCCAAUUCUGCAAGGUCCCAAUUAUUUUGGCCUUUAGGACCUUUGACUACCAUAAUAAGGGACAAGAGAAUUCCUAGGUUGAGUCUGAGGGGAAUGCUCAGUGCCGAUAGUUAGGAACUGCUUUAUUACUAGGCUGAGCCCAUUUGACCUAGAAUGGGAGACAAUAAUCAGGAAGCUGCAAGGGCCAUUUUAAGUAGUUGUUUAUCAGAUAGAAUUGCACUUCAAAUUCUUCUGUUACCACUAAAUAGCUCUCCUUGCCAAGUAAUUUUUCCCAUCAGCUGCAUGAGCUUCAGUUGUUCUCUGGCCUUCAAGGCCCUUACCCUCUAGGGAAUGUCAUCCUACCCUUGCAGCUACAGCCCAGCAGCAUUUGGAGCUGAGGCUUGCAUGCUCCCAAGGACUAUUGCCACCUUUUCAUAUUCUCUUGUCAUCUGUUUGUUGAGAAGGAAAAAAGAUAGAGAAAAUAUCUCUUGACACUUCUUCAAAAAUGAGAUUUAUUUAUAUUAACCCCUCAAGUCACAUGGAUACCAUCAUGGUAAAAUAUUAAGCGUUAAGCCAGAUACUUGGAAGCAGAACUUUCCAGUGAAGAAUUUCUCACUGCAAACUCUGUAACCUCUUUAUCGCCUAGAAAGAGGUCAAGUACAUUCCCACCCAUGGUGUAAAGAGAGCAAAACAUACACUAGGGGUAUAGUUUAGAGGUAGAGGGAGGGUGCAUCUCCCAUGCGAUAUUUUUCCAGCUGGUUAAAAAAAAAAGAAAAUCAUCCUAUGCUGCUCUAACAUUGUUUAUAAACUAACAGGCCGGCUACCCCUGAAAAACACAACAGUUGCCAGUGGGUUGGCUGUACUUUUCACAGCAGAGGUAACUUUGCAGAAAGGGGAAGGUUGUGGCUUCAGCCUGGCUAGUUGGCUUGAAAUUCUGUCCAUAACUGCACCAUUGGGCUGACUGGUGUAUAUUCCUGUGGAAAAUGAACUGGAGCUAAGGCUUGGAAAUUUCCCUGUGUUAAUGUGGGAUUCUUCCCUAUUCCCAGAGGGAUUUAUUUUUAUUUUUUUUUAAUUAGAUUUUUAUUUAAUUAUUUAUUUGAUUGACUCCAGCCUGGGAAGCAUUGAUUUUGUUGGGCAGAGGCACUUUUGGAUUGAGGUGUGGACUCGACUGGGAACUGAGAGAGGAGUGUGUAUCUGACACGGACCUUGCCCGUCUAAGCCACCUUAUGCAGGGACACCACCAGAGGGCUCAAGUGUAGGCAGAAGAAUCGAUUUGAAAAGAAACCAUGUGUAGGGGCUGGGGCAUCAGGGCUGGGAGUGAGGGGAUUGAGGAGGAAGGCUCUGACUUGUAGGAGAGCAGGGUUUCUUUGAGUUUUGGAAUGAGUUGUUUGGGUUUUUUUUUUGCCCCAAUAGCUUUAGUGAGCAUGCACCAAAAUCAUGAGGUGGGACAGGGGUGAAGGGAAACAUCUGCCCAGACCUGUCACUUGAGGUUCAGUCAGCCUGUUAAAAUAAUUGCUGUCCGAGUCACAAGUGUGGAAUGGAAAGGAAAAACACAGUUAGUCUUUUCAACAACUCAUGGUGCUUGUAAUCUCCACCUUGAUCAAUAUUCUCUGCUGCUUCUUAGGAGGGACCCUGCACACUCCAGCCUAACAACCAUUCAUAACUGCUCUCUGCUCCCUUCCUCAAAUGAUUAUGGUGAAAAGGAGCAACAAGAUGUCGCAGAGCCUGUCCUCUAUCAGCGAGGUGGGCAAAAAUUAGUGUCUUUUUCCUAGACAGCCCCAGUGAGAUGCUGUCUAGGGGUUGCAUCAUGGUUUCCUGUUCUGGGGAAGAGAAGACCCUCGUUGCACUUAGGAUGUAAAGAAUGUAGAAAGGCUACUGGAGGAUGAUCUCUUGAGCACUGAUUUACUAUGUAAAAAGCAAACCUCUCUCCUGUCUGUCCUGAGCUAACGUCAGUGAUUUCCGUGUGUUCCUGUGUAAUGGUUUUAACGUUACUCACUGGAGACAUUGGACUUUCUGGAGUUAUUUAACCACUGUGUUCAGUAUUUUAGGGGUUGAUGAUAAUUUAAUAUAAAUUUAGCUUUUCUUAACCA